AGCGGGCAUCGCUUGCUUCCAGCAAGGGUCUGGUUUUGACAGACGAGUUUAUGCUAGAUCCGGUUUUGAGCCGAUAUAUAUAAGCAGCAUUUGACAAGCAAAAAGAGACAAGAUAUAAGAUAUAGAGAGACACUAUGUAGUCAGAGCGAGAUCGAGGCGAGGCGCCAGAGCCUAGGCAUGGUUGCCUAUAGGCUGUAUAUGGCACCAUUACGAGUGGCUGUGAUUGGAGCUGGGCCGUCAGGGUUGAUUGCUGCCCGCAUGCUUGCCUCACGACCGCAAGAUUUCGACUUCGAGGUUUACGAACGUAGAGAUAACAUCGGUGGCACGUGGAUGUACUCAGAGAAGACAGGCCUAACUGAAAAUGGCUACCCAGUACACUCGAGUAUUUACAAGAACCUUAUCACCAACCUACCUACGGAUGUGAUGGAAUUCCCUGACUUUCCCUUCCCUUCGGAUUCGAAGAAAUUUAUGCAUUGGAAAGAGGUUCGAGACUACAUUUUUGCCUACGCCGACCAGUUCAACCUUCGAAAAGACAUCCAACUAAAUACAGAUGUAAAGUCUGUAAAACGCAUCACCACAAAGCCUGUCCCAUCGGAAGCUGCCCACCAAUCUCCCAACAGACCACAGUGGUUGGUGCGCACGACUGCCCUUCAGGGAGGAGGCAGCAAGGAGAAGGUGUUUGAUGCUGUACUAGUCUGCUCUGGACACUAUAGUGUCCCUCACUAUCCAGACAUUCCUGGUCAGGAGAGCUUCAACGGGGUACAUCUGCACAGCCACGAUUACCGCCAUCCUGAACCUUAUGCCGGCAAGCGAGUACUCCUGAUGGGAGCAUUUCAAUCUGCAUUUGACAUCAUGAAAGAUCUCUACCCUCACGCAUCCGAGGUGAUCAUAUCACUCAGCGAACUAGACGGUCUAUGCCUGGGUGAGCUGUACAAGAAAGGGCUGCUACCACACAACGUGAGAACAACGACAUUCCCGCAGGCGAUCAACGGUAGCGUGGUGACGUUCACCGACGGUGACACGCUCGAACCAGACGUGAUUAUUUUCUGCACCGGCUACGAGUAUUCGUUCCCAUUUCUCGACGCCUCGUGCGAUGUCACUGUUAGCGAGGGUAAACGCAUACAACCAUUAUUCAAGCAUAUGAUCCACAGCAGGUACCACACGCUCAUGUUUAUCGGCAUGCCGUUUACCGGCCUCGAAUUCCCACUCGCGUACCUCCAGGUUCCGAUUGCGCUUAUGAUCCUUGAUGGGUCACUGGCGCUCCCUAGCGAGCAAGAUAUUAACAAGGAGACAGAAGCGGACUACCGCGAUCGGUUAGCUAGUGGACAGAAACCCCGCCACGCCCACAAGUACGCAUUCCCUCCCCGUUGGUCGUAUACGGUUUACUGCGAUGAGAUUGCCACAUUUGCAAAGAUCGAUAACGUCAUGCAGCCAAAGUACCGCUCGUUUGAAGUUGUCAUCGCUGCAAUGUUAAAAAAUAUGAUGACAUAUAGAGACUACAGCGUCUCUGACUCCCAUUUAGAGUGUCACCACAGUCCAUGAGGCAUAACCUCCAGAGUGUGCGCAACUCUAGCUGCACGUGAAACAUUAGAUUAGGGAAUGUUUGCAUAUAGAUAGUAGAUCGAUAUCCAGAUAUCGAGCUAGGCUUCUCUGGGCCAGGCACUCAUCACUGAGUGUGACUAGCAUACGACAAUGGGUUGUUGAGAGCUAUUGUAGUUGUCCAGCCGGAGAUGUGUUCGGCUUCCUCGAGGUGGCUCAACAGUGAUAUUGCCUGACUUAAUGUUUUGUCACAGAGACCCAAGAUACAUCUACGUUCAUUGACAUUACAAGUCACUUAACGUGUAUUCGAUACGAUAGCCUAUAAUUUAGAGCAGUUGUACUAAUAUACACACAUGUAAAAUUGUUUGGAAUCAAUAUAAAUAUAACAGGUAGUUGAUAUCAGCCAUAAAUUGAAUCAUAUAGCCGCAUUGAAUGGCAUGAAAAUGUUCACAUCGCGAGAUUGAUACUGAGUAUUAAUAUUAUAACUAUUCUUCUGAAACACAAAUGAAGCUUUCUGCCACUGUAAUCUUAUCUACAACUCCGUGGAUAUUUUUUGUAUAAAUCGCACGCUUCUGUUAUGAAUGUUUUGUCAUUUGCGGGCUUGUUAUUGAACAUUCCUAUCUUUAUAAAACCAAAAUACACUUUAACUAGUACUAUCAGAAA